CCUUGACAGAUAGAAUUGAAUUCAGUCCAGCUGAUUUUUCUAAUAAAAAACCUUUUUGAGUCCGUCUACUUAACCUGCAUCGCAACUAAAUUAAAAAUGAAGCCACGUGACUUGAUGCGUAUCCUACUAUUUUUCAUCUUGCGUUUCGCAAUAAACUUUUUCUUUCCAUACCGCCAAAAAUUCAAAGGUAAGAUGAGUAGCAAAAUUCGGACUGUUGGCGAUAACAUUGGUGGGUGAUAAAGUGUCACCUCUAGGAAUGUGUCAUCUCUAGUAGCUUCAGCUGUUGCUUACAUUUUUGCCAAAGAAAAUAACAAAAUGGAAUUUUGUGUGAAUUGCUCCGAAAAAACACGCAAAUACAAAUGCAGCAAAUGCUUCGCGCCCUACUGCUCCGUAACCUGUUACAGGGCCCACAAGGACUCCCCCGAAUGUACAGCUGCGCAAAAUGCUCAAUUAAUAGAGGAAACCCACGCCCAACAAGCUGACUAUGAGGAACCCACUCUUCACGCACCAUUCUCCACGGAUGAUACAGUCCAGCUGGAGAAGCUGCAACAGCUAGAUAAGAGCCAAGAACUGCGAAACCUUCUGCACAAUCCCCAUCUCCGCUCUCUGCUGCAGCAGAUCGAUGUAGCAAUAAAUGCCCACUCGGCCAUGGCGGCGGCCAUGCAGGAGCCCCUAUUCCUAGAGUUCGCCAACGCCUGUCUCCAGGUUGUGGAGCCCAUGACGGAAGCCGAACGGGCUGAACUUGAGUUGUGUUAUUGAUAUUAAGCGGUUUUGGUAAAUAAAUACACAUAGAAAUAUA